AGCGCAUCUCUUGGCUCGAGCACCGGCGACUGGGAGACCGCCAUGCUUGGUGAGGUGCCGUUGGAGCCUGGCCUUCAGCCAAAGCCUGGCCUUCAGGCAUUGAUGCUCCAGCGGCUGGACGUGCGGCUGGCGCUGGCACCACAACAGCCGGACGUGCAGCUGGCGCCGUUGUGUUCGUGGGGUGCAGCGGGCCACAUGACCGGUGACUGCAAUCCCUGCGUAUUCUUCUUCUCCAACUAUGGCUGCAGCCUGGGCAACAGAUGUGGAUUUUGUCACCUAAUGCACGCCAAAGAAGAUGUCGGCAGACCAAAGGUGACAAGACGCAAGAGGAUUCGAGAGCAGGUUUGUGAGGUUCUCGAGUCACACCAGGAUCCAAUUGAUGCACAGGCAGGCCUUCAGCGUUUAGCGCAACAACAUCCUUACGUACGUUUGGUGAUCAAAGCUUGUUUGAAUGAAUUGGAGCGACAAGUGGGCCCUGCAAACCUUGCAGGGGUUCUUUUUUCCUUGUAGAUCUUCCAGAGGCAAGGGAUGAACAGUGAUGGCUGGCUGGGAACAAAUUGUCCUUUCGAAAUGUUGAAUGCCUGGGCCAGGAGGCCUUCCUGCAUAUCUUAUC